CAAUCCAUCAUCAUUUAACAUGAAUUUUGCACAUACCGCUGUGUAACAGAUUUAUGGCACAAGAAGCAGGAUGCUGAUCUUUUUGCCAUGCAGUGCAUCAGGAUGCUGUAACGCGUCUGACCCACAUAGCGUUAUUCCGCUCACCCGUUGUGCGCACAGCACCCUGAAAUAUGUUAAACCGGAAGCUCUUAUAAUUAAUAAAUGUAACGUGAUUUAUAAUCGAUCCGUUACAAACCAAAUCUUAAGAAGCAUGGGUUGCUGAUCUUUUUGAUUGCUAAUUUGCAAACCAAAUCAACAAAAAUUGAAACUGCUCACGUCAGAAUACUUAUAGAGCGACCUGCUCGAGUUAAACGAUAAUCAGAGUCUGUUAUUAACGUAAUCCUUAAAAGUAGUCGAUGUUUCUCGUUUCCCUAAAAUGAACUAUACGAUGAAAAAAUACAAUGCUGUCAGGAUUGAAGAUCUGUGAAGGAACGUUGCUUACCGAACCAAUGUGGAUAUGUUUGUGCAGCAGCUUUUUUUGGCUCGAAUGCC